AUGCCAGUUCAAUCCGCAUUGGUGACGGGGUGUUCGGUCGGUGGCAUUGGUGCGGCUCUCGCCCUCGCCCUGGCCAAACGCGGCGUGCACGUUUUCGCAACAGCUCGCAAUACAUCAAAGAUUUCUCAGGAACUUUCCAACCUUUCAAACGUCACCGUCCUCCAGUUGGAUGUCCUGUCUGCCUCCUCUGUUGCCGACGCCGCCAAGCUUGUCGGAGAUAGCGGCCACGGACUUGAUGUGCUCAUCAACAAUGCUGGUGCAGGGUACGCCCAACCAGUGCUCGAUAUAGACAUCGACAAGGCACAGAGAGUCUACGAUGUCAAUGUCUGGGGACCUAUUCGCACCAUACAAGCUUUUGCUAGCCACCUGAUUGCGCGUCGUGGUCGAAUUGUGAAUAUCAGCACAGUCGGCUCGAUUGUGAAUACGCCAUGGAUCUCUGCCUACUCAUCAUCUAAGGCCGCUAUGACCAAUAUAUCUGAGACUCUACGAUUGGAGCUUUCCCCUUUUGGCGUUGACGUUGUCACUGUGAUGGCUGGGGUCGUCACUUCUAAUUUCCAUGCCAACGAUAUCAACUUUGACUUGCCACUCAACUCUGGCUAUGCGCCCAUCAAGAGCAUCAUCGCCACGUGGGCCAGUGGUGAUGCCAAGCCCAAGGGCUGCUCUGCUGAAGAGUUUGCUGAGAUCUUGGUAGCGAAUGUUCUGGACAAUGGGAAAAGCAGUGGGCUAGUUUGGCGGGGCCCCUAUGCGGCUUCAUUGAAGUUCAUGACUGGCUGGCUGCCGAGGUUUUUGAUGGACAAGUUUAUGAGUCAGGGCCAGGGGCUCAAGGAGCUGUUUGAUGUGGUGAAUGCAGGGAAAAGUGGUGGUGACGGCACUUCUGACCCUUGA